CAUCCACGCUCUGCUCUCUUUUUCCCUCUUUUUCACUGGUUUGUUCUAGAUAUCGAGCAGAUCCCGCAUUCUCUAAAUUCAGGAAACAUCCGCCGACGCGAACAUGUCUGACAAACGCAAAGCCGGACCGGGCGCCGGCUCAGUGGUCGCCAAGCGUCCUCGAUCAACGAACCAGCAGUCGGUAGCCAUCGUCAACACAUCGCCGUCUGCCGGUCCUAUUCUUCAGACCGUGCAGCGGACGUCGAAUAUUCAGGCACCGAUCAUUCAGUUAUCGGGGCAUACGGGCGAGGUAUAUGCGUGCAGGUUCGAUGACUCGGGCGAGAUAAUAGCUUCUGGAUCCCAAGAUCGAACGAUAUUACUAUGGAACACUUACGGAGCGAAUGAAAAUUUCGGCGUCAUAAAAGGUCACAAAGGCGCGAUUCUCGACCUCGCCUUCUCGCGCGAUUCGCGACAGGUCUACUCUGCUUCCUCGGACGCAACGCUGGGGGUAUGGGACGUGAACAGCGGCGUGCGAAUCCGGAAACACGUCGGACAUGAGGAUAUCGUGAACUGCAUCGAUCGAGUGCGUCGGGGUCCGGAGUUGCUGCUGUCCGGGUCUGACGAUGGUUCGAUUGGGCUUUGGGAUCCGCGGAUGAAGGAGUCUGUGGAUUACAUGGAGACGGAUUUUCCGAUUCUGUCGGUCGCCUUCGGCGAGGCUGGCAACCAGGUGUUUUCGGCGGGGAUUGACCAUGAGAUCAAGGUGUGGGACUUGCGACAAAAGGACGUGGUGUACGCGCUCUCGGGCCACGCCGACGCGGUGACGAGUCUGAACGUGUCUGAGGACAUGCAGUUCCUGGUCUCGCACUCGAUGGACCAGAGCGUGCGGACGUGGGAUAUCCGAGCGUUUGCGCCGGAAAGCAGACAGUUAAACGUAUACAGCGGCGCGACGAGCAGCGAGAUCGAGAAGAACCUGCUGCGGGCGAGUUUCAGUCCCGACGGAUCAAAGAUCAUUGCCGGGUCAGCGGACCGGACGGUGAUGAUCUGGGACACGCAGAGCAAAAAGAUCUUGUACAAGUUGCCGGGACAUACGGGGGCGGUGAACGACGCGAGGUUUUCGCCGUACGAGAGUAAUGUGAUUUUGAGUGCGUCGACGGAUAAGACGUUGAUGUUGGGCGAGAUUGGCAAGGGCUGAUAUGGCGGUUUAUUUUCUUUUGUUUUUGUCUAGUUUUCAGCGCAGUGCAGUGUUGUAUGAUUACGAAUGGUGUUUGCAGAGAUUUAAGUAUGUAUAAAUACUAGUUGAAGCAUAGAAUAAAAGUAGAGAUAUUCAAAA